AUUGAACAUCCACAAACUUCAGCGUUCUUCAUUAAAAAAAAAAUUAAAAAAACGGUGUGCUUGAGUUUUUUAGGAGAUCCACAGUUUAGAUUUCGUUGACUUGUUUCUUUUGCUUGUUUAUUCUGGAGGUUUUGGUUAGAGAGCUGACUAUGGCAAUGGAAUUGGAAGAAGGUUUCAUUGUAGCAGCAAGUUGCAUAGGCUUCAUCUCUGUUUGUAAAGCUUUCAUCAACUUUGUGAGAUGGGUAUGGGUCAUGUUUCUGAGAUCCCCAAAGAAUCUCAAGGACUAUGGCUCUUGGGCUAUCGUCACCGGCUCUGCUCAAGGAAUUGGCAAAGUGCUUGCCUUGGAGUUGGCUUCGAAGGGUCUUAACCUUGUCCUGAUUGAUAAAAACCAUUCAGCGCUCGAAGCUACCUCCAAUGAAAUACAUGAAGAAUUUGGUGGAAGAGUCGAGAUUAAGAACAUGGUGAUCGACUUGGCCAAAUUGAGCGGCAAGGAAAUAGCUAAUGCCAUAGAGGAUGGGAUAAGAGGACUAGAUGUUGGUGUUUUGAUUAACAAUGCAGGGAUAGGUUACCCUUAUGCCAGGUUUUUUCAUGAGGUUGAUUUGGAACUCAUGGAGAAUAUUAUUAAGGUGAACUUGGGAGCAGUAACUUGGGUGACUAGGGUAGUGCUUCCAGGAAUGCUCAAGAAGAAGAAAGGAGCAAUUCUCAAUAUUAGUUCCAAUUCAAGUCAGCUCCCUUCUUUUCCUCUAUACACUCUUUAUUCUACAACCAAAGCGUACAUUUCCAUGUUCUCAAGAUGCAUUAGUUUGGAAUACAAGCAGCAGGGAAUUGACAUUCAGUGUCAGAUUCCUUUUUUCGUGGCAACGAGUUUGACAAAACAUUUGAGGGGACUUUCCUGGUUUAUGUCAUCACCAGAGAAAUUUAGCAAAGCAAGCGUUCGCUGGAUUGGUUAUGAGCCUGUGUGUAACCCCUACUGGUGGCACUCUGUGCAGUGGUUCAUAUUACGUGUGGCCUCACCGGAUGAGUUAUUGAAUGCCAUCAUUUACUGGAUCUGCAUUCGGGUCAGAAAGAGAGGCCAAAUGAAGGAGGCACAGAGCAAGAAGAUGCAUCAACAGGAAAAUGCAUCGUGAAGUGUACAAGUAUUUGAUCAUAUAUGUUUUACUGAGGUUGGCUUUAUCAUAAAGGAGUAUAAUGUAUCUCCCAUCUUCUUUUUCCUUUGGGUACAUUUUAGACGAGAAAUUGAACUAAUGAGGAGCUAGCUACCGGAUUCAAUCUAUAUCAAAGGUGGUUGGAUUCAGGCUCCUCACCAAUAAUGUAUCUGAUGGCUUGGGUGUGUAUUGUGUCACAAUCCUGUUAGUAUUUGGAAUUAUUCAGGUGAUGAACCAAUAUUCUAGCUAUAACUCGGUCGAAGCAUGUACGUUUCCUGAUGCUAUCAUUUUUUGGAUGUGCAAGGGGAUCAGUAAGAGAGGCCAAAAUGAGGAGUCACAUUAGAUGCCCUGUUAACAGGUGAAUCUCCAUAUUUGAUCGAUGCAGUAAUUCUACCCAUCUUGUCUCAAACAUUAAAAUCAUGAGGGCAUUAUAGUGGUAUACAUAAGACCAAUGUAAUAUGGGUAAAACAUAUAUGUAAGUAUAUUAUUCA